GUUCUUCAUGGCAACUGAAUGUUUUGUGAACGUGCCGCCAUCUUCUUAAAAUAGUCUCUAUAUAUAUUCAUUCGAUCUUUCGAAAUUCAGUUAUCUAGCGAUGCCAGAGAAAGUUCGUCUCGCUAAUAUUCAUGAAGCGGUUCGCUAUGGCGACGUUUUGGAAUUGCAAAGUAUGGUCCAAAGAGGUGCCGGAAUUAACGAUGCUGAUGGCAAAUUUAAAUUCACUCCGUUGCACUGGGCAGCUCAUCAUGGCAGCUUAGAGUGCUUACAUUGGCUACUUUGGCAUGGAGCUGAUCACUCAGACAAAACUCCUCAAGGGUGGACACCAUCACAUCUGGCAGCAAUCAGGGGACAAGAUGCUUGUUUACAGGCCUUAGCUGCAAAUGGGGCUGAUCUAAAUGACAAGGACAAUAGAGGUUGUACUGCAGCACAUUUGGCUGCAGCCCAUGGGAAUUCUUACUGUUUGCAGUCAAUACUCAGGCAUGGUGUGGACAUUAAUGCCACUGACAACAUGGGCUGGACCCCAGUUCAUUGUGCUGCUUUCCAUGGGAGACUGGGCUGUCUUCAGCUUCUCUCCAGGUGGGGGGCAAGUGUGGAUGAGGUUGAUCAUUCUGGAAGCACACCAGCUCAUCUGGCUGCAAGUGAAGGUCAUCUUCCUUGUCUCAAGUUUAUUGUUUGUGCUGGAGCAAGCAUUGAUCACACAAUGAAUGCGCGCAAUGACCAGGGUGACACACCCAAAAAUCUUGCUCAGCAAUUCUACAAAAAGGAUUGUAUUGACUAUCUUAAUGCAGUAGAAUAUGACUUGCUUCACCCUGAAGAUGAAGAAAACCUAGCUUUCCCUGCCCAUGUGGCUGCGUACAAUGGCGACCUGGCCCAGUUGAAGAUGCUAAUAGAGACUGGGGUUGUAUCUGUGAAUGAACGGGAUGACAAAGGUUCCACCCCUGCACAUAAAGCUGCAGGAAAUGGCCACGUUCAAGUGUUACAGUGGCUUGUUGAAAAUGGAGCAAACUUGAGAAUUGUCAACUCCGCUGGUGAAACACCCAAAGAUGUGGCCCGUAGGUUUGGUCGCCUUGGCUGUGUUGCAAUUCUUGGAGGCGACUCAGACGAUGAAGAAAACGUUGUAGACGAAGGAGCAGAAGACUUCAAGCCAUCCGAACCACAGUCUAAAGCCGAGGCCAGAGGUCGUGCUAAGCGGAAAAUUGAUGAGUUGGCGCAUCUGUUAGAUGUAGCCAAAAUGAACUACAGACAGCUGGGAGGAGUUUUGGAUGAAGACCAAAAGAAACUUGAAGAAGAGAGAGAAAGUGCUAGGGUUAUACGCGAGUUAGAAGCUCAGCUGGAAUAUGAGCGAGAAAAACGAGAAAGGCUGGAGGCCCAAAUGGACAAACUGCGUGCUCAGAUACACACUCUUACCCUUCAGCUGGAAGACGAGCGCGGCAGAAACGCCACGUCAUCUGAAUUUCAACGAUCGUCAACCUCGACACAGCAAACUGCGUUACGACGCAAGAAAAAGAAAGCCAAACGAUUAGACACGACCACCACUGGAAUAUUCGUCAGAAGAGGAGUCUCCAGUCCGAGGACAAUUCACUGCCUGGAUAAGGACUGACUAACAUCUCUUACAUGACGAGACAAACUCUUAAGAGGCAUAAUCGCAUAUUUAUAAGAUCUGUGUAUAAUAAUAAUAAUAAUUUUUCUAGAAAAGAAGUCAUACUAGUUAAAAGCAGAACUGAAAAGAGGAUUUCAAUGGGGUUAAGUAGUAGCUAGUCGUAAAAUGGCUAGAAAAUUUAGCCGUUAGGUGUAAAACUUAACAAAUUUUAACUGGAAGUAGUAAGAGAAGGUAACCGCAAAAACUUUGACCUUUCUAGAAAGGAUCAUUUUGAGUUAGCCGUUAGAUGGCCAAAUUUUAAACCCCAUUUAAACCUUCUGAUUAGUUCUGAAAUCAAAGCUAACACAGUUUCAACUUGUCUGAAAUUGGAGACCAUGACUGCCCUUUGAUACCGAUGCCGCUUGAAGUUGUGUGGAGCUUCAUUUACCCAUUUUCUCACCAUCUUUUCUUUUCCAAUUAUAAACACAACGCUCUCGACAUUUCCAAUCCAGGCAGUAUACCGAAAUUUCUUCACAUGCGUUGCUUGGACGUCGAACUUGGCCUGGCCCACCAGCGAGCUAUUUGGUAGAUCGUCGGACCACGAUAUGUGAAGUUUUGAGAAUCACGUCCUCUUUGAGGACUUAGAUCUUCCCCAGCCUCACGUUCAUGAAAUUGGAAUAACAUCUUUCUCUGCUUUUACAAGAUUUGUUUCAGAGUAGACUGAUCUGUCUUUAAUGUUGUAAAUGAUUUUUAGAUUUAUGAAACAUAUGAUUUUCUUAUAUUCUCUUUACAACGAUGACGAUUGAUC